CACGAUAAACUUCGCACGGCUACUUCAUCAACCACUGAAAAACUUCACACAAGUCAAGUAAUAAGAGUUCCGGACCUUGAGUGUCAGGAUGGUUUUAGGAGAGAUUCGCAAGGAACAUGUCGACAGAGAUUAUAGAGAUUACAAACGGAGGAUUAGCUAAAGGGCUCCUCGGUUCAAUUCAUGAUACAGCUCAUAAAAUACAUGAUGAUGUUCAUAAUGUGUUUCUACCGAAAGAAGGACCUAAUAAUAGAGGACUGUAUCCUGCAAUAGACACCGUAAAUCAUGAUGAAACAAAUGAGCCAGUCUUUACAUUUGCUGAAUCUACUACUACACCGCAAUUAAAGAAUACUCCAGCUACGUAUACAUCAAGUGUUAAACCUGCUAACGUAGAACAGGAUGCCGAUGAAAGGCCGUUAAUAUUUAUGACAUCUUCAACAACUGAAACAUAUAAACUACAAGGUACCAAUGGCACAACGAGUAAUUCAACAACUCAUGAUAAAGAGGGAAGGGAAAACUUUAAAGGUGCAUGCUCUACUGGAAGAAAACUAACUGAAGACGGUAGAUGUGUAGUGCCGUUUUAAGCAAUCGCUUAUAUUUUUGAAUAUAUGAUUUCGUUUUUUAUUUUAUUAUGGGUGAAGUAGGACUAUGAAACAAUACUUGUAUAAAUUAACUCUGAUAAAUACCCAAAAAAAAUAUACGUCUGUGUAGACCCACUCAACUUAAUUAAAAAAUAAAACAUUUAA